AUGAGGCCCAUAACAGAUUACUCAAAAUUGGUCAACUCAUUGAAGAACAUUAUGAAGCUUGUUAAUGGUCUUAAGUUAAUUGAACCUCGGCAAACAACUGGUUCAUUAGCGGCAUAUGAUGACCUCAGAUCAGAAGAAUUGGUGCAGUUCAAACGGAUUUUCUGCAGCGAAUUAGAAGAUACGAUCACUGGCAGUGAAAUUUAUCUGGGCAAUUUAUUAAGUCCAAUUAAAAACCGUGUUGAUUUACCCGACAAUUUGUAUGAACAGUUGAUUACUUAUUAUAAUGAAGUUUAUGGUGAAAAGAUGGAUGUUGAAUUUGGCUCCAUAAUUCGAGUGGCAGCUGAAAUUUUUGGAUCCGUGCUAGCACCUCGAUAUAAGAAAAAUUCUUAUAUUUUAGCAAAAUUUACCCAAGAUAACGAAUUGAUAGAAUUAUACCCAGGAAUGGUGCAAUUUUAUUUCGAGCAUGUAUUGCGACUUCUAACUAUUGGUGAAAGAAUGCACAAACUUGCUUACGUCAAAUGGUACCUACCGGUUAAUGAUCAUCGAAUUAGAUUUUACUGCCGAGCUGAACAGGACGAUGACCGCAGUGUUAAUAUUGAACUCUGGAAACUUAAUGAAUUUUAUGAAAUGUCUCGUGAUAGUAUAAUUCCAAUUCAUAAUAUUUAUAGCCAGUUUAUUCCUACUAAUUUUACAAUCUGAACAAAUAACAAUAACAAUAACAGCAGACGGAAGGCGAAAACUUAUAUGGCAGUAGUAC